AGGAAGGUGUGGGCUGGGGAUGAUGGGAGUGAGUGCCCGAGGCCUAGGGAGACCAGUGGUGGGGCAAAGAAGGUCCUGGACCGCGUUCACAUGUUUCUGGGUCAACCCGGGUUAUUCCCUCAGCAGUUCUGAGGGGAAUCCGCGGCUCGGCGCGUUGCCGUGAGAUUUGCAUAGCACUGAUUGUUGAACAUGAGAUAUUAAUGAAGAAGGCUUAAAGCACUGCAAACCAUGGAGAAUUACCAGAAGUCCAAGGCAGUGGAGAAGCCUUCUCCUCUCCCUUUCACCAGCUUGCCCUCAGACAUCAUUGAAAUGAAAGUGAAGGAUGGAAGCAAAAUCCGGAACCUGAUGGGCUAUGCCAUUGGCAAGAUGGAGCAAGAGACGACGAGACAGAUGCUCUUCAGCGGAGUUGGCAAAGCCAUCAACAAGACCAUCACGUGCGUGGAGAUUAUGAAGCGGCGGCUCAAAGAUCUUCAUCAGAUCACAAAAGUGUUCUUUCAGCAAAUAGAGGAGAUCUGGGAACCGAUUGUGCCAGAGGCCGGUCUAGAUCCCUUGACUGUGAAACGAAAUAUCCCUGCCAUUUGUGUUUUGCUGAGCAAAGACCCCCUAGAUCAUCAGGAGCCAGGUUAUCAGGCUCCGGGAUCCUUCGAUGCUUUCUGGUUGGAAACGCUGAAUUCGGAGUCCCAAAGUCAGCCGAAAAGGAAGAAGGGGGGCGGGAGAGGGGCAGGCCAUGCAGGAAAGCACCCUUCCUCUGCCUUUUGAUAAUCCCAAAAUAAGCUGACUGAAUUACUUAACCUACAGAGCAAAAGAAAGCCGGACCGUUUUCGUGAUGAGAGAGGAAAAUGGAGAAUCUUGGAAUGGAAAGAGGCUGAUUUAAAGGAAGCGGAAGAAAAGAGGCUGAGAUUUCAGAACUGCCUGGGUCAGGUUGAUCAUCGGUAUCUGGUAAAAGGGCUCUUUUUUUCCUUUCAGAAGGAAACAAAUGCUCUGGUGGAUUGUUCUAGUGGUCGAAACAAUAGUGAUUAAAAAGAGCCUUCUGGUUGGGGGAGAUGUGGUGGAAAAUCUGUGCCUGUUUACCAAGAAGGUAGCUAUGACGUUUGCCUGAUUUCCUCAGUGGAUGACUUGGAUGUUACCUUUGGAUCUAAUACUGUGAAAGGGCAGGUAUUUUCUGGUUCCAAAAUUUGAUGGUAACAGGAAGGAGGCCCUGUUUUUUGUGGUAUUCUUUGGCUUUAACACAGGGCUCUCCAAACUUGGCGACUGUAAGACUAGUGGAUUUCAAUUCCCAGGGCGCACGCUGGCUGGGAGAUUCUGGGAGUUGAAGUCCACAAGUUGUCAAGUUUGGAGACCUCCCCGUUGUAACAUAAGCAUCUGCCUACCUGUAUAGUCAAGAUUAUUGUGAUUGCCAGACGUGCAGAGGGUGCAGCUUAGUAUGUCUAAAGACAGUUGGAAAAAUGCUGAGGUUAUUUGAUUGUUAAAAAACAUAAGAUUGCACAACAAUACUGUUGUUAGUUUUUUUUAUUUUUAGUUAAUUUUUUUUUCAACAUUUGAAAAGGCUGCUUUGGUCUAUGAAAGAGUUGUUGCUACUUGCUGAUACUUAUCUCCAGUAAUUCUGUUUCCCUCCAUAAGUGGUGCCUGAGUGUUGCCUGAGGAAAUGUAAGAUGUUAUGGAGAGCCUUUCCCCUUUUUAGCUGAUAUAACUUCAUGUAUCUCUGAAAGCACUGAUGCUCCAGAGAUCCUACAUGGGGCAGGAAUUUUAUCUGUUUGACUGCAUUGACAAUACUGAUGAAUUAUUUGUAUUCAAUCAAACCAUUAAAAAAAAAUCACAUUCUUAGUA